GGGGCAGUAAAGUCACACCGCCAGCACUGAAUAAGCACGUGACACAACACGGAACUCGCUUAGAUGUGGACUGUCUGUGUUAUGAGUUUGGUGUUUGAUUUCUAAAGAGAAAUUUUACAGUGCGCAAUGAGUUUUGGUCGGACUAAUACGCCGAUAACCUGUAUUUCGCUGACGUUUGGGAUUUGAGCGACAAUGGCGGUGAACUGGGCCGACAGGAUCUCUGCUUUCUCUCUCAGUCCGUCUCGCUUCCUCUCCGGGACAACUGCAGAGGCUUUUCUGGCAGAACUGCUCCGUGAGCUCCGAGAUGACAAAGCUAGUUUCAGUGUUAAGGUUCUCCUGUCAUCCCCACUAUGUGAGUACCCAACUCUGCUGUGUCCUUCAGACACUGUGGGUGAGGAGACAGCCCUGGAGCUCAUGUCGGUAUUUGCCCAGUGUCCUCCCAGAUAUGUGCAGUUUCGUUGUCACCUCCUCCUGGACCUCACCUCUGUGCUUGUCUGCACUUCCUGUGUGAGCAGCUGUUCCCGCGCGUCUCAAGAUUUCCUGGACCUGCUCCUUCAGAUAUCCCAGGACACCAGUGACCUUCAUUGUGAUGGUGCUCUUCAUUCUCUUCGGGCCACAGCUUGUGACUGCUUGUGGGAGCUGGAAGCUUGCUCUCCUGGCCUUCUCUCCCAGCACAUUGAGCUCUUUAGUGGGCUCAGGCAACAACAAUCCUCCAGGUUCCACCAGGCCUAUGCAGGACUUCAUACUCUGGUGCUGAGGAAUGCUGUGUAUAAACUAACCCAGGAAACAGGAGCUGGUGCUGGGAGACUUAAAGCUCUUCUGGGAGGGAACACGUCAGUUGCAUGGGAAGCAGACCAGGAGUCAGGCCUGACGAACAAAAAAAACUCAACCAUACCGUCUUUCAUCUUGGGACCCAUGGGUAUGGUGCCGACCCUCCAGACUGGAUCUGAUUGUAAGGAGCUGCGUUCAGUCCUGUCGUCUCUCCUGGAGGAGUCAUACCUUCUCACUCCUUUGUGUCAGGCUGCACUGCUGCAUAGACUGACAGAGGUGGUUGCCAUGGUGCCUGGUGUCCCUCCAGCCAUAUUCAGGGCUCAGCUGCUGCGACUGCUGGGCACAAGCAAGGUUUGUCUCCUCCACUCCACUCUGCUGAUGAAGUGUGCAUUCACAGACAGCCUGUUCAGUGCAGAGGAUGAAGCCUUCAUCCUCAAACGACUGGUCGUGCUCUCCCAGCACCCACUGCUGAGUACACCUGAGAAGCUUUUCUACAUGGACUGUAUCCUGCACUUUCCUGAAAACCGUCCAAUCAGCUGUGGCGACAGUGAUGAGACUCUCCCUGUGCUGCUGACUCCCCAGCUUGCCUCAGCUCUAGUGCCCACUGUGUUCAAUGACAGUGCCACCAUGCUGGCCAGACUCAACCUGCUGUCUCUGGUCUACCUGGAGGAGGGAGAGGAAGGGGAGGGGGAGGAGGGCAGGGGGCUGGCCUACCUCUACGAACACCUCACUGCGCUGCUGCACAUUGUGGAGAAUGGAGGCAGCAGAGAGACUGUUGUCACGUUCUUCAGGGCUGCCUUCCUCUUCCUUUUGAACUUCUACCACAUAGAGCACUACUCUAACAGCCUGAUUGAGAAGGUGUGUAAGCUCUACCUCCACCACACCCAGCUAGCUCCACACAUCAUCAGCCUGGCCGACCAGACUCAAGACAGACUAUCUGAGUCUAACUGGGCUGUGCAGCUUCUGGAAGCCCUGCAGAGAAUCAUCACCGAGGCCCCGCUCGCCCAGCUCACCUUGAAAGACCUCCGCUGGCACCUCAAGAUGCUAGCACGGGUGGCGGAGGAAGGAAAAAUCCCCCAGCACAGCACCCUAGGCUUUCUGUCCAGCGUUAUCACUCCAUCAUCCUCCUCACUGUGUGUAAGUGGUGACUGGCGUCAGGGGAACAGCGUGUUGGGAGUUUGCCGCCGCUUGCUUGUACAUCCCAGCUUAGACUCACUGAUUAUUCCUCUGGCUGACAUCCUGCAGCAUCUCACCUGCUGCUACGGAGACACAGAUGUACAGGACCAUGCCCGUCUUUACUACACCAUCCUCACUACACUGUCCCGGGAGAAGCUGGCUGGGGUGUUGGCGCAGGGUACUGCCGAGGGAGGGCGGCAGGUCACGAAACGAUCGCUGUCGUCCAUCAUGGCCGAGAGUGAGGGGCUGACAAGCAUGCUAACCAUUCACCAGAUGGAGAAAGCAAUAUUCAAUGUGGUUGAGGUGAUUUCUGAGCCACAAGAAGAAACACAUUCAGAUAAAGAAUGUCACCCAAACCAGACUGAGACAGAGAUGUGCCCAGAUGAGAUGAACACAGCACUAGAAUCUUACAGAGGUCAGUUCAAUGACCCUGAUUUUGCCUCAGAAAUCACCUUAGGCUACCAGUUGGUUCAUGCUGAGGCUCAUGACUCCCGCUUUGAUCAGCUCUUCAGCAUCCGCCUGCACUUCAACCUCACAGAUGACCAUUAUGAAGAGCUGGAUGACAUCAGUGUCCCUUGUCUAGUCAGAGAGAGGCCGUCGCCAGUGGUGAAGCUGAGACUGAAGCCUCGGCGGCCCUACCCCACCACCCUCCAUGCCAGCGCCAUCUUCACCACACAGGAUGGGCUCUCCUGGCACAGCAUCCUGCCAGACAUCCAUGUGGCUUUCCAGCAGGACUUCAUGCCUGUGCCUGCUCCCCCAGCUUGGGGACAAGGCAGCAAACUAAACCUGUUUGAGAGAUUAUGGGAUGAAUUCUGCUCAGAGAGUGGGGACUGUGCUACUAGCCUGUUCUGCUGCCAGCUGAAGGAAACAGCCCUGAUUUCCUUGGUGAAGAAAAACUUCCUCCCCUACCUUGUUUCAGACUCAUCCAGUAAGGAAGAGUUUAAAGUGCUUAUCUUCCUCCCACCACAGUAUCACAUGCUGCUGAAAAUCGGGUUCAAGGAAGAUGCUGUACACUUCGACAUUGCCACAGAUAACUGGCAACUUUUGCCUCACAUAAGUUCGUAUCUACUGAUAAUCACAUCUUCACAGGAGGACACUUACAGCUGACUGUGAUGCAUCUUACUGGUUUUUAAAAUCAAAAAAUAGCUGGCUUUUAACAAAAUCAUCAUUUUUUUGUCAGCACUUUAAUAAAAUUAAAUUGUACUUAAAAACAAAUAACUGAAGACAGUUGAUUUAAAAUAAAGUUAUUGCACUUUAAUUUUCUUGACCUGCGAACGAUUGACAUCUUAUUUGUAACCAUGACAUCUACAAAUAAAAUAAUUUAAUUUGA